AGCACAUUCAAAAUGGCGGAGUGUGGAGCGAGCGGCAGCGGGAGCAGCGGGGACAGCCUGGACAAGAGCAUCACACUGCCCCCCGACGAGAUCUUCCGCAACCUGGAGAACGCCAAGCGCUUCGCCAUAGACAUAGGCGGCUCGCUGACCAAGCUGGCCUACUACUCCACCGUGCAGCACAAAGUGGCCAGAGUGCGGUCCUUCGACCACUCAGACAAGGACACAGAGCAGGACCACGAGCCGCCCUAUGAGAUCUCCGUCCAGGAGGAGGUUACCGCCAGGCUGCACUUCGUCAAGUUCGAGAACACCUACAUAGAAGCCUGCCUGGACUUCAUCAAAGACCACCUGGUCAACACCGAGACCAAGGUCAUCCAGGCGACCGGGGGCGGGGCGUACAAGUUCAAAGACCUCAUCGAAGAGAAGCUGCAGCUGAAGGUUGACAAGGAGGACGUGAUGACCUGCCUGAUCAAGGGCUGCAACUUCGUGCUGAAGAACAUCCCGCACGAGGCCUUCGUGUACCAGAAGGGCUCCAACCCCGAGUUCCGGUUUCAGACCAACCACCCCAGCGUUUUCCCGUACCUCCUAGUCAGCAUCGGCUCUGGGGUCUCUAUCGUGAAGGUGGAGACAGAGGACAGGUUCGAGUGGAUCGGCGGCAGCUCCAUCGGGGGUGGCACCUUCUGGGGGCUUGGGGCUCUGCUCACCAAAACGAAGAAGUUUGACGAGCUGCUGCAUCUGGCUUCCAGAGGCCAGCACACGAACGUGGACAUGCUGGUGCAGGACAUCUACGGAGGGGCCCACCAGACCCUGGGGCUGAGCGGCAACCUCAUCGCGAGCAGCUUCGGGAAGUCGGCCACCGCGGACACAGAGUUCUCCAAGGAGGACAUGGCCAAGAGCCUGCUGCACAUGAUCAGCAACGACAUCGGGCAGCUCGCCUGCCUGUACGCCAGGCUCCACUGCUUGGACCGGGUGUACUUCGGGGGCUUCUUCAUCCGCGGCCACCCUGUCACCAUGCGCACCAUCACCUACAGCAUCAACUUCUUCUCCAAGGGGGAGGUCCAGGCGCUGUUCUUGAGGCACGAAGGCUACCUGGGCGCCAUAGGAGCGUUUCUUAAAGGAGCCGAGCAGGACAACCCAAACCAGUACAGUUGGGAAGAGAACUACGCCGGCAGCUCCGGGCUCAUGAGCUCCUCGCCCGAGCUCUGCCCAACACAGCGGCCGAGGAGCGGCACCUUCGACUUGCUGGAAAUGGACCGUCUGGAGAGGCCGCUCGUCAACCUGCCUCUCCUUCUGGACCCGUCCUCCUACGUGCCUGACACGGUCGACCUCACGGACGACGCGCUGGCCCGAAAGUACUGGCUCACCUGCUUUGAGGAGGCCCUGGACGGGGUCGUGAAGCGCGCCGUGGCGAGCCAGCCAGGCUCCGUGGAUGCAGCCGAGAGGGCCGAGAAGUUCCGCCAGAAGUACUGGAACAAGCUGCAGACGCUGAGGCAGCAGCCCUUCGCUUAUGGGACCCUGACCGUGCGCAGCCUCCUGGACACGAGGGAGCACUGUUUGAACGAGUUCAACUUCCCGGACCCCUACUCCAAGGUGAAGCAGAAGGACAACGGCGUGGCAUUAAAGUGUUUCCAGAGGGUGAUCCACUCUCUGGAUGCCCUGGGCUGGGAGGAGAGGCAGCUGGCCCUGGUGAAAGGGCUCCUGGCUGGCAACGUCUUCGACUGGGGAGCGAAAGCCGUCUCUGACGUCCUUGAAUCUGACCCCCAGUUUGGGUUUGAGGAGGCAAAGAGGAAGCUGCAAGAGCGGCCCUGGCUCGUGGACUCCUACAGCAAGUGGCUUCAGAGACUGAAGGGGCCCCCUCACAAAUGUGCCUUAAUUUUCGCAGAUAACAGUGGAGUAGACGUCAUUUUGGGAGUCUUCCCCUUUGUCAGGGAGCUUCUCUCUAGAGGGACGGAGGUCAUCUUGGCGUGCAACUCGGGACCCGCCUUGAACGACGUGACCUACAGCGAGUCCCUCAUUGUGGCUGAGCGCAUCGCGGCCAUGGACCCCGUCGUCCGCUCGGCGCUCGGAGAAGGGAGGCUGCUGCUCAUGCAGACUGGCUCCAGCUCCCCGUGUCUCGACCUCAGCCGCCUGGACAAGGGGCUGGCCGUGCUGGUGCGGGAGCGCGGCGCCGACCUGGUGGUCAUCGAGGGCAUGGGCCGCGCCGUCCACACCAACUACCACGCGGCCCUGCGCUGCGAGAGCCUCAAGCUGGCCGUCAUCAAGAACUCGUGGCUGGCCGAGCGGCUGGGGGGCCGGCUCUUCAGCGUCAUCUUCAAGUACGAGGUCCCGGCCGAGUGAGGCGCCACCGCCGCCGGGCUGCUCCGCCCGUCGCCUCAGGAACAUGUCUCGACGGCAACAGGGACCCGCGUUCAAAUCAGAGUAUUUAUAUUGUGCUUCUGUGAGAGACCGGCUGCACCCAGGUGUGGGCUCAGCGCUCGUGGCCUCGGGCUCAGUGUUUCUUCAGUGCUGACGUGUUCGUGGUGGGGAGACACGACUUUUGUCCCGUGAGACGUUCUUAUUGGAAUAUAUUUAACUGUUAAAUAAUCUUUUAUAUAUAUAUACAUAUAUACAUAUAUAUAUAUAUAUAUAUAUAAAUAUAAAUAUAUACGUAUACGCCUCUGACAGGACGCUGAGGUCAGGGCACGGCAAAUAGCUUCCAGAGUGAGAACAGAGCGUUUCUGCCUUGGCUCGUUGGUGUGAGGGUGGGCAGCCCCCCCCGGGGGCCCUGCCCACGCCUCCCCCAGGGAGCACAGCAGUGGGGUCUCUCCCUAGGUGAUCUCUAGAACUCUUAGGCCCACCUUGGCCCGUGGGCCAUGGCCGCUGCCCUGUCACGUGGCCUCCAGCAUC